AUGGGCUCACCGCUCGGCCCAUUUCUCGCAAAUGUCUUCAUGGGCAAAGUCGAGAUGACAAGUUUACAAGACACCAUUAAUGACCUCAGCUUCUACGGUCGGUACGUGGACGAUAUUUUCUGCCUGACGGAUGUUACCACCGACACAGACGUCCUGAUUCAAAAAUUCAACAAUUCACACCCCUCGCUAACGUUCUCUGCAGAGCUUGAGGCAAACAAUGAAAUCGCGUUCCUCGACAUUCUUCUGCACAGACAAGAGGAUGGGUCUAUCCAACGUAGAGUAUUCCGAAAGAAAACCUGGACGGGACAAUACAUUAACUUUCACAGUUUUGUUCCCCUCAACAUCAAACGAAAUCUAGUCCAGGGAUUGGCAGCUAGAGUGCGACGUAUCUGCUCUCCUGAGACUGUGGAGGCAGAACUGCAGCAGCUGCGGGAUACACUCCACGAAAACGGAUAUCCAGAAAGAUUUAUCCUUCGAAAUAUAGGGGAGCGCACUGCAAAACCUACCAUGGCAACUGCAGAAAAGAAGGACUUAUUUAUACGAUUGUCUUUUCAAGGAGACGCAGCAAGUGAACUGGUAAAAAGACGUCUGAAGACAGCGAUCACUAGCGCUUGCCCCGCGGCGAACUUACGUGUGUGUUUCACUAACUCUCCCCUCCUACGCUUGGGAGGUAAAGACCGACUCCCUUUGCAGGCCACAUCAAUGCGUAUUUAUUCAUUCACUUGCUCCUGUGGAGCGGGAUACAUCGGCCGUACAACGAGGCGCUUGGAAAAGAGAGUACGUGAACACAUACCGGCCUGGCUAGGCAAAGGUGAGAAGAAAUCGAUCUCGAGUUCUAUUCUCGCACAUCUUGUCGAUACGAAUCAGCGAGUCGAUGCCAAAGAAGCCUUUCAGAUUGUCUACCGGACACCAGCAGGCUUCUCCAAAGGCCUACGCCAACGGGUGCUAGCUACAGCUGAGGCAGUGGCUAUACGGCUAGCCAAUCCAGUGCUAUGCUGUCAGAAGACUCUGACACAGGCGCUCUGUCUUCCGUGGCCGACGCCGACCCCAACGUCGCCCCAACCUCCUGAUGCCAUGGUGGGUGCACAAGGUACACGACGUACUCACAGCCUAUGCCCCCCCUCUUCCUCGCCCCUUGAACCCAAUUACCACGACACGCCGACCACGCCAUAG